AUGAAGAUGAUGACCUGGUGGCGUUUUCCUCUGAUGAUGAACUGAUGAUGGGUCUCACCUGUAUGAAGGAUUCCACCUUCCGCCUCUUCAUCAAAGAGAAGAAGGAGAACCGUCGAGAAUUUCCUCUUCACGCCUUUCCUCCAUUCACCUUUGGCCACCCUCCUCCUCCUCCACCUGGAGCUCCUCAGGCUCCACCCCCUCACAUGGCCCCGCCCCCUCUGCACCGUGACGUCACCUGUGAUGGCUGCGAGGGUCCUGUGGUGGGAACCCGCUUCAAGUGUUCCGUGUGUCCAAACUACGACCUGUGCUCGUCCUGCCAGGCUGAAGGGAGGCACACUGAGCACGCUCUGCUGCCCAUCUGGCACCCGCUGCAGUGGUUCCCUCGAGGGAAGUGGAUGAAGAGGAUGAGACACUGCAUGUGGAACCAGAACCUGAACCUGAGCCAGAACCAUGGUCAGGACCAGGACAAGACUGGAACCUCCGAACCUGCUGCUGACAGCAGCGCCUCCUCUGCCUCACAGGCCAACGUGGACUUCCUGAUGAACAUUGGUGAGGGCGUAGCGGCCAUGUUGAACCCACUGGGUAUCGACGUGGACAUCGAUGUGGAGCACGAGGGCCAGAGGUCAAAGGUGAUCCCUCUUCCUCAGAGUGUGCCCCCCACUCCUCAGAGUGGGGGGGUGGAGGCAGAGGUGGGCGUAGCCAGCAGUGAGAGGUCAAAGGUGACCCCUCCUCCUCAGAGUGGAGGGGUGGAGGCAGAGGUGGGCGGAACCAACAGUGAGGGGUCAAAGGUGAGUUCAUCGCCUGUGUAAUGUUGUACAGAUGACUGUUUCACCGUGCC